AUGUCAUCUUCAACGACGACUUCUGCGCCCGCGCCCAAAAGCGCGCCGGCAUAUACAAUCAGUACGGGUUCCAGGCCGUACCGAUCUCACAAGGUGAGAGCUUGCGAUCUAUGCCGGAAAAGAAAAUCCCGGUGCACCGUGGAUCUGCCCGGCCAGUCAUGCCUUCUAUGCCGGAUUCAGGGUGCCGAUUGUCACUACAAGGAGGACCCGGCCACAACGGGAUCUUCGCUGCACGGAAACAACAACGGCGAGACGAAGCGGUGGUCUCCCGCGCCAACUGCUCCUGUCCAGCGAAAGAUUAAGAGAAAAUAUGAAGACUCUUCCUUGGAUCAGCAGCCCGCGCGGGACAUCAUGUCGAUUCCCUCUGUGACCACCGCCUCACAGCCUCCGGUCACCCAUCGGCACGACCAGAAUCCCGAGCACCGCAAGCAUAACGGGCUGGGCGGAUCCAUGAAUGAAUCUGUACACAUCAUUGGACCGGUUGCAGCCGAGGACGCGCAGGUCAUAGAACGCUACAUGCCUUCCGAAAGGUCCAAGAAAAGCCCCGACGAUAAAACCCCAUAUAAUGUUUACUCUAACGACCCACGAAAACCCAUCCUCUACACGACUGUCGCCAGGCAAAGACAAGGGGUCCGCUGCAGCGGCGUUCCCGGAGAAAACCAGAAAGAUAUCAUUGAGCAAAUCUUAGGUCCCUUUAAGCACGACCUUGUCACAAUAUUUUUGGAGAAGAUUAAUGCCUCCUUUCCGCUCUUCGAUGAAUAUGUUUUCAUGGAAGCUUAUAAGGCCGGGGACGGAAGUCUACCGCCGCCUCUAAUGUGCCAGGUAUAUGCCAUGUCUCUCAUUUACUGGAAUCAGUCGCCGGUUCUGGCUCCACACCCCAAACCCGACAUCAGAUAUGCGGUGAAUCUCGCCGUUGCUGCUCUUCAUGAAGAGUUCUCGGCUCCUGGAUUAUCGACAUUGAGUGCUGCAUUGAUUGAUCUGACUGGACGACCAAUCUUCUCCAUGACCGGGAAUGCCAUCAAUACGGGACGUACAGUUGCGCUUUCUCACUGCCUUGGUCUGAAUCGCGACCCUAGCAGCUGGAAGCUCUCUCCCUCUGAGAAGAAUAAUCGCAUCCGGCUAUGGUGGGCUGUAGUUAUCCACGAUCGAUGGGCGAGUUACGGGCACGGAGUGCCUCCGCAGAUCUGCCGAAAUCAGUACGAUGUCCCACUCCCCACGAUAGACAUGUUAGUCCCACAAACUGGCGCCAGCCAACAAAGGUUCCGGGCGGCACAUGGAUAUAUCUUCCUGUGUCGUCUCACCGAAAUUCUCGGUGACCUACUCCCCUUGGUGUACGGUCUUCAACCGAAGAACGCCAAGGAGACAUCGAAAACUGUAAGGCGGAUGAGAACAGAGCUGGACAGGUGGGAGGAUUCACUCCCCGAGUGGCUGAGAUCUCCUCACAGUGAAAACGGCGUUCCAACAUCCGGCUCGAGCAGCCUGCAGUUGGCAUUUUUGGCAGUGAAAAUGCUUGUCUGUCGAAUAGAGCUCCAAGAAAUUAACCACUCGGAGAACUCCAAUCCUGAGGCUCGACGUUAUUUCCAGACAGAAUGUAGGAAAGCAGCUGAGGAUAUAGUGCAGUUCUUUCUUUCUCUCAAGAGACCCCAUUUCCAAGAGUUUUGGAUGUCAUACAGUGCAUACCAUCUUACGUCAACGGCCACGUUUCUUUUCCGCUGCGCGUUGGAGACCUCUGACCCUGAUAUCGCAAGAUCUUGCCUAGCAAACGUCGACACAUUCUUAAGCGUCCUCCGGAGAGCUCGGGCAGAGCAUGAGUGGGACGUCGCAGAUAUGUGCCUUGAUCACUGCGAGAGGAUCUUGAGCAAGCACCCGGGAAUCAACCACGACGAUCCACAACCCUCGAUCGCGCCUCCCUGUGAUGUAACUGACACGCCCGUCUCGAUGACCAUGCCGAUGCCGGAGACUCCUUGCCAUAAUGACAUUGUUGGGGAUAUGAUGUCCAUAUCGGGGACGUUUGGCGCGAUGGACGGAUUUCCGUUUGACAUGACCGGGAUCUGGGACGUUCCCGGGCUUCAGGACCAGGAGAGCCACUUCAUGAAUAUACCAAGCACAAUGUGA